CAGCCAAUCGAAGGUCAGCUCUGGGAGCAAAUCCAGUGGAGACACUUCUGAAUAUACAUACAGUCAUGGUUCUGAUACAUCUGACGAGGAUAAUGACUAUAAUGGCGAUAACGAUUAUCCCGAUAGGCCAAGAAGGUGUUAUCAAAAAGAAGUUGAGAAACAGAGCUGCUUGGAAGAAUGUACAGACCCAUCUGGAUUCGGGGACUGGAGGGUUAUUUCUCCCUGCAGUGCAUCGUGUGGAGGAGGGAAGCAAAGACUGGAACGUAGCUGCGUCAACCCAACAGAUUCACACGAUUCAUGUGUAGUAACCGAAGAAAAAAUAACGGAUUGCAAUACACAAAGAUGCAUGGAUGAUGCCUGCUCCGAGCCAGAAAAUCCAGCAGCAAUCCCACUUUUAUCGGACAGCGAUACAGCUCCUUACUUCCCCGGUGAGAAAGUGUUCUGGGAAUGUGGGGAGCCAGAUUGUCUUGAAGUAAAAGUUGCAGUUUGUGUCGAAGAUACCUUGAAAUUCAACUCAUCGAUUACAUGCCCUUCUGGAGGGUGUGCAAUUCCACAUUGUGAUGAGCCACUUCCAAUAAUAAAUGGCACUUUUGAGAAACAGUUCCCAGGCCCUGUUGAAGUAGGAACGUAUGUCGAAUAUUCAUGUAAUGAAUGUUAUCAAAUCGCUGAACCCAUUCGUACGUGUAUUGAGGAUGGAAUCACAGGAGAUAUUCGAUAUGAACCUAAGCAGCUACCAAUAUGUUCUCGUGUCUCGUGUCAAUUCAUUCCAAAAGAUCCUAUCGGUGGUACUGUAAGCACAUAUAGCAACGACUGCCUUAGUGUUGCGACAUAUACCUGCACAGAUCCAUGCUCUGAGCUAGUAGGGGCAGAAACAAGAACAUGCACUCCAAGCGGAGCAUGGGACCCUCCAAAUGAGCCAACAUGUUUAAGACGAGAAUGUAAUCCAAAAGCUGUUGAACCAGAUAAUGGAGCAAUCAUUGGAGAAAGUUCUUGUGGAAGUUCUGUCACCUACUCUUGUGAUCCAUGUUAUAGACUUAAGGGAACCAGUGAAAGAGUUUGCAGUGAAUCAGGCUGGGAAAGUCCUGCACCGACCUGUGAAGUUACCAAAUGUGAAACAAUUCUUGCACCUGCAAAUGGAAAAAGAUAUCCAAUGACUGGAAAUGAGAACUGUGGUGAUGUUAUAACAUUUGAAUGCGAUGCUGGUUAUACACGCAAGGGGCCAAUAAAUACCGUGUGCAGUGUUGGAGAAACUCAAGGAUCAGCGAUAUGGAGCAAUGAACCACCAACCUGCGAAAAAAAUUAUUGUGAACCGAUGCCUGAAGAUCCAUCAAGCGGAACUGCAGAGCCAAAAACCAACACGAUCAACACAACUGUUACAUAUACAUGUGAUGCAUGUUUCACAUUAUCAGGGUCUCCACAAAGAACAUGUAUAGCAAAUCCUCCAGAAGAUCCACAAUGGUCGCCUUUGUUGGAACCAACUUGCACAAUGUUGUCAUGUUCACAAAUGACAGUUGAUAAUGGAAACGUCCAAGGAACAAAUGAUUGUGGGGGAUUGGCACAAGUAACAUGUGACGCUGGAUAUUAUAUUUAUGGCCAGUCAACAAUUCAAUGCACAUUGCAAGACGAUGGAACUGUCGAAUGGGUACCUAACCCACCCAGCUGUAAAGCAAGGUGUCAAGAUAUGAUACCAGCAGAUCCGAAUGUAAGGAAAAACGUGGAUGAGUCUUCACCAAUAGACCCUGAUACCGAUACAUAUGGGGCCAAUGAUAGACUGGUGUUUAGAUGUGCAGCAUGCUUUAUGAUCAUGGCAGAUAGCGUUGGAGUCCGUGACAAUGAUCGCUUGUGUUUACCCACGGGUGAAUGGGAUAACCCAACCCCUCCUCAGUGCGAAGCUAUUACGUGCUCUGUGCUUGAAGCACCUAGUGGGGGAGCCAUAAGCUCACAAGACAUAACAUGUGGAACUACCAUUUCAUACUCAUGUACAGACCCAUGUCUUUUACUAUCUGGUUCACCCGAGCGAACGUGUCAGCAAGAUGGAUCUUGGUCGGGAUCAGAACCAGUUUGUAUAAGUAGAACUUGUGACAGUGAACCCAACCCACCAAUACCUGGUACCAUAUCAACAAAUGACAACGUGUGUGGUACUGAAGUUACUUACUCUUGUCCUAGAUGUUAUGAGUUGAGACCAGACACGAAUUCGAUUCGCACAUGUCAACCUGAUGGGCAAUGGACCCCAGCAAUCGAACCAACUUGUGAAAUUAAGGCCUGCCAGCCUCUAUCCUUACACAAUGGUAUCGUAAAUGGUGGGCGCAACUGCGAUGCAACAGUAACAUUUGAAUGUAUCGAACCAUACAAAUUAGAAGGUUCGUCAAGUGCAACAUGCCUUCCUGACAAGACAUGGAGUUCGCCUGUUCCUGAAUGUGUACCACAGAGAUGUCAGAAAAGGAUGGACCCAGAGAACGGUGAAAUAGAUAUAGAUAGAAGUGCCAUACCUGAUGAGAAUGAUACAUAUACUGUUGGGGAUGUUGUAUUCUAUAGGUGUGACACAUGCUAUGCGAUUGCGGAUGGUGAGCUUGGGCCCAUGUCAGAUCAUGCUAUUUGUCUCAGUGAUGGAACUUGGAGCGAACUAAUUCCAAUAUGUCAGCUGCUGAGCUGUGCGCCGAUGUCAGCUCCGAUAAAUGGUACAAUGACACCAUCGGAUGGAAACAAUAAGUGUAACGAUGAACCAUUGGAAUUCAACUGUGAUCCUGGUUUUGCUGCAGUGGGACCCGGUGUGACUCCGAUACGUUGUAUUCCAGUUGAAGGAGGCGCUGCUUGGGAUAAUACCCCUAUUUCAUGUGAACCAAGAUGCAGUGAGCCUAUGCCACCAUUGAAUGGUUCAAUAGUUUCACCUACAAAUGCGAAUGGCGAAUAUGCUCCUGGAGAUAAAAUCGAGUUUGCUUGUGAUACCUGCUUCAGAAUAAGCGAAAAUGCAGAAGGUGUAAGAGAUGCUGAUAUUGUUUGCAAACAAAAUGGAGAAUGGGAUGGACCAGAACCUGCGUGUGAAUUGAUGCAAUGUGUGUCUCCGAUGCUCGGAGAAGGAGUUGAAGUAGUCGAUGGCAGUAAUGACUGUGGAUCAUCAAUGAGGUUUGAGUGUAAACAAGGGUAUAUUAAAUCAGGUGGAGACGAUGAAAUGAUGUGUCUUUCCG